AUGGAACCCCUCUGUCCGCACGCGCGCGGGACGGUGCGCCUAGCACGCGCGAGAAGAGGAGGGAGGAUGGGGAGGGGGGGACUGAAGCGCCGUGCCCGUGGACACACGCUUCGGUCCCGAGCGGGGAGCACACGUCGCGGCAGACUCUCAGUCGACGGCGGGGGAGGGCCAUGUCUCGGGGCGAGGGGAGGCAUGCGAGACCAGACCUGCUGGGUGCGUGUGAUGCAAUCAAUCGCGUUGGGCGCACGAGGUCUUUCGUCUCGGCCCCCCUCACCACCGUCGGGGGGUCUCGAGGGCGAUCAGGAACAGAGCAGCGUUGCGACGGACUUGUCUGAGGCGAUUCGAAUGGCCCCCCUUGGAUGCCAUGCUUGGCUGGUUUGUUGGGGUCCCGUCCCGCGACGUGGAGGUGAGAAGCUUGGCCGGGCGUGCAUGGCUGGCGCGCAGGCCCCAAUGGCCCCCAUCGUCGUCAUGGGCGUCGAUUUUGCUCGAGCCAAGAGCUUAGUUGCCGGUUGUGAGGGACGCGGCAAGGCGAGAUGGGGCGCUGCGCCUGCACAUCGCGUGGAGCGAGCUGCGGGCACCACGCGGGCGGGCAGGCGACCGAGCCAGGCCCAGCCAGCACCAGGGUCCUCUCGACUCCUAUGA